CUCCCUUAUAUUAUCGAUAGCAAACCACGUACGCACGACCGAUAGCGAUAAGACAGUUCUUGUGUACAACGAAAACAAAUAGUUCUUAUCAAUAAAGUUUAGCAUUAUUCACGGCUCCGAAUUAGACCAAUGAUGUGAUUCCACCACGAGGACGUCGUUCCGUUCCGAUCCCACUCCAAAAUGAGCCACGGCGACCAGAGUCAAAACCAAAACAGCCAGCGGAGCCAGGCGCUCACUGGCGGUGGCGACUCCGCGAGGGACAGGGAGAAGGAGAAGAAAGGCUGGUUCCACUCCCUGACCAGGCGCAAGAAGUCCGACUCGGCGCUGACCGUGUCAGCAUCCGCCUCGACCAGCGGAUCCCAGAACAACAACAACGAAGUUUGCGUCCUUGAGGCAGUGGACUCUUCCAUGGCCAGCUGCAGCAAUGGGGGUACGGGCACAGGAACUCUGCGCAGAAGGCGGGACAAGGACAAGCGAAACGUGUUUGCCAGACUCCGACGGAAGGUGGGCCAAGGGCUCAGCUCCCUGCGUAAUUGGCACUCGAUGGGCGACUGCGACGACGGCGGAACCACUGAUGCCACCUACGAGUUCCUUACGCCGGCCAUCUGCCCGGAACCCACGCUACCAUUCACACACGACUACUUGCGCUUUAUACGGAAGAAGUGGCUGGAACGCGAGGAUGCCCACUCACCAAACCAGAUUAUGUACAAGGCCUGCUCCGAGAUGCUCAAUCAAGUGUGGUACUGGGGUGAGAUCUCCAGGCGCGAUUCGCAGCGGCAGUUGAGCGACAAGCCAACUGGGUCGUUUCUAGUCCGAGACUCGGAGACCAGCGGAUCCCAAUUCACGCUGAGCUUUCGGAUUGUCAACGUAACACUGCAUUAUCGACUGGAAUUUCGCGACGAAUUUUGGCAUUUCGAGGAACUGAAGUACGAAUCCAUUGUGGAGAUGAUCGAAGAUAUCUUGCACCGCUGCACCAACGACAACUUUGUUUGCUUUGUGAAGGUUCCCAACGAGAUGCAGCCACCGUUUCCAGUGAUCCUCAAGUAUCCGUUGAGCCGGUACGCCAACAUGCCCAAGCUGCAGGACCUAUGCCGCCGAGUCCUGCAGCGCCAGAUGCCGCGCGAGCAGCUGGCCCAGUUGCCAGUGCCGGCGCAGAUGCUAGAGUACUUGUCGGUGGAGCGGGAGCUGGUCUUCCAGAGCUAGGCAUCCACUGCUCGCCAUCAAGAAGCCGCUGGUCAAAGCUUUAACAUUGAAGUAAACGCAAGCGCGUACACCAAAGAGGUCCGGGCGAAUGGAAUCCCAGCCUGCAGUUAUUCGUAAUGAUAUUUGUUGGUCGGAUUGGCAAUAAGUUGUUGAUGCAUUUCUACGCUCCAGUAACUAAGCGCACAGUCUCUCAUCACGUUCACGCCGGAGUCCCAGUGCACAGAAUUUUACUGUAUUGUACUGCUAAGUACCAUUAGUACUAGUAUCUUGUCUAGGAUAAUGAAUUAUGUUAUUGGCCAUAUUUAGUCUAUUGGUUUGUUUUAUAUGGGUCUUGGUCAAGUCUAUACUCUGCACCCAAGUGUGCAAAUCCUUAAACAAAUUUUUAAAAAUUGAACUAUUGCCUAUAUCUAUUAACGUUAGUUCUAAGCCAGAUGUAUCGUACUAUUUACGUUGUUUGCAUUUUUGUAUUCCUAACUUGGACACUAACUUUUUGCUAAUCUAGAUUGCAUGGAAUUUAGGCAGCUUACGGCAGUCGAAUAUAUGCCAAUUACUCUUGUUGCAACAUGUAUGUAUUUUAUUUAAAUCUAUCUACAAAUAUUUUACAAGAACAAGAUAUCAAUCAACUCCUAGAGCGAUCUUGCAGUCAAAGGAGCUCACAAAUAAAAACAAAAUCACACAUA